CACACACACACACACACACACACACACACACACACACACACACACUUCUCUCUGCUUUAGUGGGGCAGUGCUGAGCAGCAGGGGGAGUAAAGGCGCGUUCCCGGAAGAGCCAGACUCGCAUUCUUUGGCUGGGAUUCAGAGAGAGAGAGAGAGUGGGAGGAGUGAGUGAGUGAGCGAGACUGAAUCGCAGUGUGUCUGUGUGUGUGUGCGCGCGGCUCUGUGUCUGUGUGUGUGCGAGGGGUAAAGCAGACUGCGAGUUGCCUGCUCGUGCUUUUCGAGCGCGCGACGCUGGAGGAGGAGCAGCAGCAGCAGAAGCGCGAGCUCCGGACCGCGAGGCUUUUUUCGUCGAGCGCGUUUGUGAGCGUGUUUGUGAGUGUUUGAGUGUGUGAGAGAGUGCCCGCGGCGGCGGAGGGAGGCUAUGGGCGCACGGGACCGCGCGGCUGACGGGGGCGCGCCCGGGCUGCGCUCGGCUUGAAGCGGAGCAACUCCUCAACUCAGAAAGAAUCGGGUGCGCGUGCGUGCGCGUGAGUGACUGUGUGUGAGUGUGUUAGUUUUUUCGACACUGCCUCUAUAUGUAAGUGCGUGCAUGCGUGUAUGUGUGUGAGAGAGUGCGUGUGUAUGUGAGGGUGUGUUAAAGAGUGAAUGUGUGUGUGUGUUAGUGUGUGCACGCGUGCGCGCGCAGACUUUUUUUGGAGUUUACCACAACCCCCCUUUUUUUUGGACAGCGCGUGCGUGCGUCCGUGUGCGUGCGUGCGCGCAAGCUAAACCAAACCAAACCCAACCGAACCAGAGCGCACCCCCACCCCUCCAAUCCAAACAGGGCACGCGGAUCAUACGGGAUGGAAAGAAUGGAGAGCGGCGCGAGGCAGAUCUUCCAGCCGCACGCGCGCCUCCAGCAGACCCUACGUCAGUUUCACCUGAGCGCCAUCAACUCCCUGGGAGGUCCCGCGCGCUGGCAGCACGAGCACCACCAUCAUCAGCACCAGCAACACCCCCAGCAGCACCAGCACGCGCAAGUCUACAGAAAGGAGCUCGCGGAUUUACCGGAGAUCACAGACCGGGACGCCGCGGAGCUACUGCGCGUGCCCCGGCUGCCCGUGGCCCCCGUGGCGCCGUGCCCGCUGCUCGUACCCUCGGACCGCUCCACGGAGCGCUGCGAGACGGUGCUAGAGGGCGAGACGAUCUCGUGCUUCGUGGUGGGCGGAGAGAAGCGCCUGUGCCUCCCGCAGAUCCUCAACACGGUGCUGCGCGAGCUCUCGCUGCAGCAGAUCAACUCCGUCUGCGACCAACUGCACAUUUACUGCAGCCGCUGCACCGCCGAGCAGCUCGAGAUCCUCAAGGUGGUGGGCGUGCUGCCCUUCUCCGCGCCCUCGUGCGGACUUAUCACCAAGACGGACGCGGAGAGGCUGUGCAACGCGCUCGUGCACGGCGCCGGCUACCCCGGUAAGCUCGCGCAGGAGCAGGAGGUGGAGGCGGAGGUGCACGAGGGCAAGGCCGAGGCGGGCAUCAAGGUGUACCACGAGUGCUUCGGCAGGUGCGCGGGCGUGCUCCUCCCCGAGCUCUACACGAGCCCCUCCGCGCCCUGCAUCCGGUGCGCGCACUGCGGGCUGCUCCUGGCGCCGCGCAGGUUCGUGGCGCACGCGCACGGCACACCGGAGAACCGCACGUGCCACUGGGGCUUCGACUCCGACAACUGGCGCGCCUACGUGCUGCUUCGCGCUAGUGAGUACGCGGGGAGAAGUAAGCGGCGGCGGCAGAGGAAGGGCGAGCGCGAGGAUGCGGGAGGAGGAAGAGGAGUGGAAGCGAAGGAAGAGGAGGAGGAGGUGGAGGAGGAGGAGAGGAUGGAGGCGCUGCUAGAGGAGGUGAAGGACAGGUUCGACUACAGCAGGAGCUUCAAGAGGAGAGCGCCCAGGCAGGUCUGUGAUAUUCCGGUUAAGAAGGCGAAGCAGGAGGAUUUCCCAGCACUCUCUCCCUCAGCGGAAAAAGACUCGCAACCUGAUUGGCUGCGGUCCCUCUCUGCGUCGGCCAAUAAGGGUCUCAGCUGUAUUCAGCCCAGGCAAAGACCCUCAGCAUUUAGACCCUGGUCCCCAAACAUCUCCACCAGCGAUAAGGACACCAAACCUGCCAGUCUGCUUCGGGACAGUUUCUAUAAUUAUAAAAGUCUGGAGAGCGCCGUGGCUCCGAAUGUGGCUCUGCUGCCGGUCCAGAAGGUUCCACAGAUUCCACAGGUUCCUCCCACCGUCCCGGUCGUCUCUCCCCCGGCCGAGUCUGAUCUCCAUCCAGACGGAAUCGUAAAGUCCAGGAAGCGCCGGCUGACGGGAGAUGGUAACUGCUGUCCAUCUGCAUCUGCCUGCCGGCCCCCAGCCCCACCCCCUCCGGCGGAGGAGCGGGAGUCGGACGUGGACGUGGAGGUUCGAGACGAGUUCACGUCUUCACUGUCGUCGCUCUCGUCUCCCUCGUUCACCUCCUCCUCCAGCUCCGCUAAAGACCUGAGCUCCCCCAGCACCGGAGCCCCGCCCCCACCCGCCUCCACAGCGGCCGCCGCUUCAGCACCGCCCAUCACCGGAGCGGUGCCGGGUCCCGCGGUGCCGGUGGCAGACGGUCCGGUGGCUCUGGACUCGGAGCUGGACACGCUGAGGCAGGCACUGGAGAACGGACUGGACUCUAAAGAGGCGAAGGAGAAGUUUCUGCACGAGAUCGUAAAGAUGAGGGUGAAGCAGGAGGAGAAGCUCGCCUCGGCUCUACAGGCCAAACGCAGCCUGCAGCAGGAGCUGGAGUUCCUGCGUGUGGCGAAGAAGGAGAAGCUGCGGGAGGCGACGGAGGCGAAGCGGAGUCUGCGUAAGGAGAUCGAGCGGCUGCGGGCGGAGGGCGAGCGGCGGAUGCGGGAGGCGAAUGAGGCGCGGGCGAGGCUGAAGCGGGAGCUGGAACAAACUCGCCAACUCAGAGUGUGUGACAAGGGCUGCGAGGCGGGGCGACUACGUGCUAAAUACUCCGCACAGAUCGAGGACCUCCAGAUGAAGCUCCAGCACGCGGAGGCGGACCGCGAGCAACUCCGGUCCGACCUGCAGCAGGAGCGGGAGGCGCGGGAGCACCUGGAGCGGGUGGUGAAGGAGCUGCAGGAACAACUGUGGCCCAAAAACAAGGAGAGCUCGCAUUCACACACUUCAGCGUCCACGACGACUCCCACAACGUCCAGCAAGGACUGCAGCAACUGACACACUCCGUCUGCACGCCAGCACUGCCCGGAACAACAGCUGAUCACGGAACAACAUCCGAUUAUGGAACACGAACAUUGAAAAUGUCUCUUUGGAGUGAGUUCUGUUAUAACGACAAAAAUAAAAAACAUAGCACUGAGUUCCGCCUCCUCCUGUUUAGAAAAGAAAGAACCUACAGCACAAACCUGUUCCUGCACCUGAAGACCAGGGACCUGGAACCUUCUGAGGACCUUUAUAAUUAACAGAAAUUUAAAAAUGGCUUCUUUAAAUUAAAAAAAAGAGAAAAAGAAAACGAAAAACGUGGAGUUCUGUUCUGGAGGAGCGUUGGAGCGUGCUGUCCAGUGGGCGCUGGUCAGUUCUGCAGUGUGUGGUUCUGAAUUUGGGCUUUUUUUACGCUCUUUUGGUCCUCAGUUUUGUUUCUUCACGUUUGUAAUAAGCUAUUUAAGACUUUCAGACAGACAGACAGACGUUCUUCAGUGUGCCGUCAGACAAGCCUCAAACGUUCCCUUUUAUAACCUGGAACAGGAACAGCAGCGAAUGGAUCUGUUCCCUCGUCUCGCUUCAGACUUCAUAAAUAAAGUUUAAAAAAAAGCCACUCGAGGAGCUUUACACAUGCACACACACACACACCCACACAAACACACACACACACAGCAGCUAUAUUCCAAAGCCUAAUCUGCAGCCAAGGUGGACUGUGGACUUUUUCUGUGGUACGUCAUAGAAAGCUGUUCCAAACAAAAGGAACCUUCGUACACAGAAGAAAAAAUACAGCCAAUAUUCAUGCACUAAAAUAAGCAAAUAAGUAAAAUUAGAACAAUGACUUUUUCUUUAAAAAGCAUGAAAAAAACACAUUUCAACUUUUUAAUACAUGCAAUAUUUUUAAAAAGUGGCAACAUUAAUUAAAACAAAAUUAAUUUCUGCCAAAAUUCUUCCCACAAUCAUCAAUAGUCUUUAAAGGACAGUCCUACUAAGGCCCCACCCCCUAACCUCAGCUGCAGCCUAGGCUUUGGAACGCAGCUACUUUCACUGUCAGGUGGUGUUCGGUUCAAAACCCAAUAAGUGUAUCUUAAAAAGAUGUGCUUAGCGACGAGGUGUGUGUGUGUGUGUGUGUGUGUGUGUGUUUGUGUUUGCAGUUUCGCUUCACUGUGCUUUUCUAUGGCGGGGGCGGUUCACAGAACCGAGUGGGUUCUUUUUUAGGGCUGGUGAAGUUUUCAAAACUCAAAAAAAAAAAUGAUUUCUAAGUAAAUUAUGUGUAAAUAUGAAUGUUUUUAUUUCUUUUUCUUCUUCUGUUUUUUUACUUUACCACAAAACAGAUCAAAGCAGCUUACAUUUGGUGUAAAUGAAUUAUAUUGAUUAUUAUUACAGUGUUAUAAGAGUGUUAUAACUGAGUCCUAGACCAUUUUAUUGGUUGUAAAUCAUUUUAUCUUUCUCACAUUUUUUUUUUUACAUUUAAUUGGUAGAAUCGAGCAGAAUUUAAGCUAAAUUAAACACUUUAAGUGGGUAAAUGACUUACAACUGGUAAUAAUGUCUAAAAAUAUAUAUACUUUAAGUCCAAAUGUAUGUGGACACACUAAUGAAUGCUACAUUGCUGAUAUUGGACAGUAAAGUCAGUUACCCUAACGAAAGCAGGAUUGUAUUUACACUAAUACAAUCAAUAAGAAGGUGUCCCGGUACUUUUAUAUAUCCAGUUAUAGAACUCUUAAAACCGUCUCUAAAUAAUCACUGUAAGUCAUUUAUUCUAAAUCUGAGAUGAUUGGUCAUUUUGUGGUGUGAAUCGUCGCACUUUUUUUGUAACAGAAAAUGGCUCCGCCUCCUUUUUAUGGCUCCGCCUCAUGUUGGCUAUUUCCGAUUUUGAUAUCCACCUGCGCAGAACCGGCAUUAGCAUUUCGUUCGUUAAUAUGCAGCUCCAGUAAAUGCAGUGUAAUCACGUUUACGCCUCAAUAUUGUAAAUACAUGUACGCUGAUAGAGGUUCCGUACUCUCGCUUGCUGAAUUGCGUGCGUCUCUGUGGGCGGGGCUAGUCGUCCCAUCGCGUCCGUUUCCUUACCGCUGUCGCCGUCAUUCCAUCUCAGAUCAACAUUCAACACUCGUUCUUAACAUUCUUUACUGCAUCUUUUUAAAAGAGGUUCUAGAGUUCUUAAAUAAAAGUGCAUCUGGUUAAAUCUGGUUCUUUGAAUACACUGCAUACUCUGAAAAAAAAGUGCUGAAAGGGUUCUAUAUAGUACUGAAAAAAGUGGAGCCCCUUUAGUGCUGCAACUAGCUAUAUUUGUAAAGGUUCUAUAAAGGACCUAUAAAUCUAUAAAGAGUUUUAUAAUACCAAAUAACGUAAAGAAAUUAGAAUUUUGGUUCUAUAUAGUACUCUAUAGUAUAUAAUAAAGAUUGUAUUACAUCAGUACCUGAUUUUAUACAUCAGUUGAAAAAGGAUAAAGAGUUAUUAGUGCUGAAAUUUCUUUCUGUUGUUGGAGAAUCAAGUCUGUUGGCGUUUUCAGGACUACAAGUUCAGUACUCUAAAAAGAGCUUUUUCAGGACUGUAUAGAGCCCUGUUACAGGACUCUAUAAAAAAACAAUUCAGUACUGUCUAGAGCCCAGUUUUUCACAGUACUAUACAGUAUUAUAUGUGUACCUUUUCAGUACAAAAUAGAACCCAUUUUCAGUACUGUAUAGAGCAACAUUUCAGUACUUUCAGUACUUUACUUACCAUCUCCGGUACUACCUAAAACCUUUUUUCAGUACUAUGAAUAACUCAUUUUCAGUGCUGUAUCAAACACUUCACAAGAACUUUACACAGAAAACAUCUUCCAGUACUGCAUUUAUAUCAUCAGAGUUUCAGUACUGUACUGAGCCUCUUUAAGCACUAGAAAGAAACACUUUUCCAAAUGUCAAUACACAGAAACUUUAUCCAGUAUGGUUAGGUCCAUUUUAAGCACUGUAAAGAACCAAUACAGAACCUUUUGUUACUACACAGAACCAUUUUUCAGUACUGAAAAGAGCCCGGUUUCAGCACUACACAGAAGCCGUUUUAGUACUCUCCAGAUCCUGACACUUUCCGUACUUUAUACUAGAUAUCUUUUUCAGUACUGUGUAGAACGCUUUUUGCAUGAUAUGUUUGUAUCAGAAGAUUUUCACUUGCUUUAAUGGUUUUAAUGAUUAAACACAGUUUAAGGUUUACCAAACACACACACACACACACACACACACACAGCACUCUUAGGCUCAGAAUCAGUGAACUCAGUGCACACAGUAAUGCUGGUCAGCCGUAAGUGCCUGGUGGAAGUGGGCGCUUGCUUUCCAGAACCCGAACCCAAGCCAGUAGAUGCGCGAGUGCAGGAGUGCAGGAGUGCUGGAGUGCGCGAGAGCGCGCUUUUUAAGCUGACUUCGCCCUGAGUCCGGUUGCACUCUCGCUUUCGCUAGAUUUGACUCGACCGUCUUCGCUUGAGCUGUUUUGGAGAAUUUUGUCAGUAUUGCUUUAAUGUAUUCUUCUUUUUCUUAUAAAUAGACAAAUAAAUACGAUAUUAGUAAUAACUCCGCCCACCGCCGCUCAGAACCAGGUCUGGAUCUGGAGCUGGAGAGCUUUGUAGUCGUCUGUAGUCAGAUCUUCUUACUCAGAUAUAAAAUGCAAUGCAAAUAUUUUUUUGCCUAUUUGUUUUUUUUUUAGGAAAAAAGUUAAAAAGUAUAAUUAUUUAAACAAUUAAAAAAUUUGGAACAGACAUUGUGUGCUGAAAGGUUUGUGGACACCCUUCUCUGGAAGGAUGGCGCUCCAUUCAGUGCUAACUAAUUAAUGCGCUUAAUGCAAUCAAAUCCUCACAGCAAUCUGGCGUGUCCCAAUACUUUUGGCCGGAAUGUUUAUUAGAAAGGUUAGGGUUGGCUUUCAGAGACGAUAAAUGCCUAGUUUUCAGAUCUUUAAACAAUAAUAAUAAUUAUUAAUAAAAAUAAAAAUAAUAAUAAAAAUCCCAGUGUUUAUAGCGGAAUGAAAGCGAGCGAUAAUUUUUACUUUGGGUUGUUUUGUAGUUGUUUUUUCACUCUGGUUGAUAUACGUGUGUGUACGUUUACUUUGUUGUUUUUUUUUAUAUAUAUACAUAUAUAUAUAUAAAAUGAAAAGGGAGAGUUUUCGCCCGCAGUUUUUUUGGUGCUCCCGAGCGAUGCUGAACAUUUAGAGAAAUCGUUUAUUCCUAAAAGAGCCAUUCUUUUACUAAUCCGAGAGAAUUUAACAGCAAUAACAGAGCGUAGUUAAUCAGAAGUGUAAUAAAGAGUUAAACACAAACGAACAUCAUCACCAGUGUAAAUACGUCUGUUUUUAUUUUACAGUAUUGUAUUAUAAUUGUAUAUUGCGUUUUUUUUUUCUUUUUUUUCUUUUUUUCAUUUCUUUAUCAGACGAAAUAUCCGCUAGAUAUCUUGUUUUACGUCGACCUAUCAGAGCAACUUCUUCUACCUUUCGUUGCUGUUUACUGUUUUGUUUUGCUGUUUUUGUUUAUUUUCCAGUUGAACCUGUAUUAUUAUUAUUAUUAUUAUUAUUAUUAUAAAUGCCGUUUUAUUAUUUUAGUCACACUCGUCAGUGUUGUGUUACAGAAUUAUCCGAGUUAUUUUGGAUCCGGUUGAAUCCGGACGUGUUUUUAUCCCCGUGUUUCACGUUCCGGUUCAGUUUCUUCAUUUUUAGCCCUUCACUGCUGCUAUAACGAUAUAUUUACGAUAACUUUACGACUUUACAGCACACCUAUUUUUAUGUAAGAGGUAAAAGUAUGCUUUCCUGUUUAUUAUAAUUAGCGCCGCAGAUACAGAAUGACAAAAAAGCAUCCUGCCCUAUUUAUCCUGCACCUCUCUCUCUCUCUUUCUCUUUCUCUCUUUCUCUCUCUCUCUCUAUCCCUCUCUUUCUCUCUCUCUCUCUCUCUCUCUCUCUCGCUCUGCGUAUAGACUGUAAGAUAAAGGACUUUAUGAGAUUGCGUUUGAAAAUAGCUCUGCUUAUUAUAUACCGCAGUGACCGAAUGUACAGUGUAUAGAUGCAUAAUCAGAUCAAAUAAAGUUGUUUGUCCAAAUA